AUGGCCACGGGGGAGACGCAGCUCUACGCCAAGGUCUCCAGCAAGCACAAGGGCCGCAGCAGCACCCCCUCACUCCUGGACCCCCUCCUGGCCAUGGGCUUCCCAGUGCACACCGUACUGAAGGCGCUGGCAGCCACAGGGAGGAAGACGACCGAGGAGGCUGUGCAGUGGCUGCGGGGCCACCGCAGUGACCCCUCCCUAGAUGACCCCAUCCCCCAGGAGUACGCACUCUUCCUCUGUCCCACGGGGUCCCUCCUGGAAAAACUCCAAGAGUUCUGGAGAGAGAGCAGACGUCAGUGUGCCAGGAACAGAGCUCACGAGGUCUUUCCCCACGUGACGCUCUGUGACUUCUUCACGUGUGAAGACGAGAAGGUGGAAGGUCUGUAUGAGGCCCUCCGGAGAGCAGGGGACAGGGUCCUGGGCUCCUUCCCCACCGCUGUCCCACUGGAGCUCCAUGCCUCCAUCAGCUACCUUGGUUUCUUCAUCAACGACAGCCCCGCAGAUGUCAUCCGGGAAUUCGCCAUGACAUUUGCCACGGACGCGUCCAUCUUGGCAGACUGCACCGUCAAACCCAACACCAAGCAGCUGCACCUGACGCUGGCCCACAAGUUCUACCCCCACCACCAGAGGACGCUGGAGCAGCUGGCCAGAGCCAUCCAGCCCGACCACACCUGCCGGUGGACAGCCGCCCUGUACUCCCGAGACAUGCGCUUCGUGCACUACCAGACCCUGAAGGUCCUGUUCCAAUACAAGCCCCAGAAUGCCGACGAGCUGAUGCUGUGUCCCGGCGACUACAUCUUUGUGGAUCCCACCCAGCAGGAGGAGGCCAGCGAGGGCUGGGCCAUCGGGACCUCCCAGAGGACCGGCUGCCGGGGCUUCCUGCCGGAGAACUACACCGAGCGAGCCAGCGAGGCCGACACCUGGGUUAGGCACAGGACGUACACCUUCAGUCUAGCCACGGACGUGAGCGCCAGAAAGGACGGUGAAGCCAACAGCAGACGGAAUGGGGAAUCGCCCCCACCACCCACGUCAAGGAGUAUCAGCGGCAUGCUGGCUUUGCAGGCCACGAUCUGCAGGAGAGGCGUGCUGGUGGUACGCCACGGGGAAGGAGUGGACUGGGUCUUCGGGAAGUCCUGGCUGCAGCGCUGCUCCACGGCCGACGGGAAGUACUACAGGCCGGACCUGAACUUCCCCCGCAGCCUGCCCACACGGAGCAACGGAAUCAAAGACUUUGAAAACGACCCGCCACUGUCGUCCUGUGGAGCGUUCCAGUCCAGACUCGCAGGGGAGGCACUGCUGGAGAGCGGCGUCAGAAUCUCAGCGGUCUUCGCCUCUCCAGCCCUGCGCUGUGUGCAGACGGCCAAGCACAUCCUGGAAGAACUCAAGCUGGAGAGGAAACUUAAGAUAAAAGUGGAGCCUGGGAUCUUCGAGUGGACAAAGUGGGAGGCCAGCAAGUCCACCCCCACAUUCAUGACGCUGGAGGAGCUGAAGGAGGCAAACUUCAACGUUGACCCUGAUUAUAGGCCUGCAUUCCCGCGCUGCUCCCUCAUGCCGGGUGAGAGCUACAACCAGUACACGGAGAGGUGCGCCGUGAGCAUGGGGCAGAUCCUCGGCGCCUGCCCACAUGACGUGGGUGUCACCCUUAUCGUGAGCCACGGCUCAGCACUGGACUCCUGUACCCGGCCACUCCUCGGGCUGCGGCCUCGUGACUGUGCGGACUUUGCUCAGCUCGUGAGAAAGAUUCCUUCCCUGGGGAUGUGCUUCUGUGAAGAGAACAGAGAGGAAGGGAGGUGGGAGCUGGUGAACCCGCCAGUGAAGACACUAACGCACGGGGCCAACUCGGCCUUUAACUGGCGGAACUGGAUCUCGGGGAACUGA